UUAAAACUAAAUAUAAUAAAAACAAAAAUAGUGAGAUAUCAGGGAAAGUUUAGACGUUGAAUAUGUUCGUAUAAAUCUUACGCUGUAUAAAGUAGGGAAGUUAGUAAUUUUUUACAAUUUUUUUAUGGGAAAUAAAGUUCUAAAUUUUCAUAAAUGCUCAGGUCUUAAUGCACUGUUGGGAUUUACAACAGGAAGUGGAAAUGCUCAAAUGCUCAAAAGUUCUGCUUUCUCAACGAUCCAUUAAGUUUAAUUCGGAACUAUUUACUACUGUCAACAAAAACUGCAAAAAGAUGAAGUUUUUGACUCAAAAUGAAGCUAUCAACGUUGAUAUGGAACUGUUUAAUGAAUAUAAGUUUAGUGUUGACCAACUUAUGGAACUGGCAGGGUUAAGUUGUGCCCACGCUAUAGCGAAAUGCUACCCUGUAGAACGCUUUAAGAGGGUUCUGAUAUGUUGUGGACCUGGAAACAAUGGUGGAGACGGCUUAGUUUGUGGGCGACAUUUAUCUUUAAUGCAGUAUGAACCAAAAAUCUAUUAUCCUAAACAGACUUCAAAAGAAUUAUAUCAAAACCUAACACAUCAGUGCAAGCUUAGUGGUAUACAAUUUCUUUCUACAAAUCCUACUCUGGAGGCAACAAACGAUUGUUACGAUUUAAUUAUUGAUGCACUAUUUGGUUUUAGCUUUAAACCACCGAUUAGAGAAACUUUUGUACCUAUUAUUGAGGUUUUGCAAAAAACGACAACACCCAUAGCAAGUAUUGACAUACCAAGCGGUUGGGAUGUAGAAAAAGGUAAGAUCGAUGAGACUUAUUUUGAACCGGAAAUGUUAAUAUCCUUGACCGCACCAAAACUAUGUGCCAGUUCCUUCAAAGGUAAAUAUCACUAUUUGGGAGGACGUUUUGUUCCAAAGGCGCUACAAGAAAAAUAUCAACUAAACUUACCAGAGUAUCCAAAUUGUGACAUGUGUUUGAAAAUAUAAACUAAAACUUUUACAUACAAUGAAUAAUUUGUUCAUAAAUAAAAAUGAUUUAAAAUCAA